UGUAAUUGAAUUUUACUCGGGAUUUGUAAUUUUAUUUCGUCUUUGUCUCGAAUGCUCAGCGUAAUAUUUUCAUUGUUAACGCAAUAAAGUUUUAUUACUUUAAGUUGUUCCAUAGUAAAUAUAGUGACACUAAAAAUUGGUUACAAAUCAUCUAGAUUUCAGUGUUUUGUGUAGCUAGUAUUAAGUAUAACUACAAUUUUAUACUACCUACGUUGUUAAAACAGGGUUAAGUGGAUUAUAUUUUCUUUGCCUUUGGUUUGUUAUUCACAAAAAUGACGGGUGUUCGCACCGGUCGCGUUCCGAAGCGCAGAAGAGGACAUCUUGUGAGGAAGCGGUCAGUGCUAAGAAUGAUGGCAAUAAUGCAAGACAGAAGUAGAGAGGAGGUGCCUCGCGAGUUCCUGGAGACGGGGCGGACUGGCAGGCGGAACGCCAUGCCGGACAUCCUGCACCCGCAGGGCGCCGAGGUGUCCACCGCCGACCUGCCGUCGCGCCUGCAGCAGCUUGUUACUACUGAUCCAGACAACCCCCAGCCUGGUCCUUCGAAACCGGACAUUGACCCCAACAGCGUCGAAGAUGCGAGCAAAAAGGACAGCUGCAGUUGAACUCUCUCUGUCUAAUGGGAACAGUGGACUAGCCCGUACAAACUCUAUCCACUAAUCUCAACUAUGUAUUCUUGAGUAGAGCCUGAGUGUAGUGAGAUAUGGGCGACGAAUUUAUAGUUGGAGGCAGUUAAAUGCAUCUCAAACAGAAAAGUGAGUGAUAUGUGAAGUUUUUAAAAACGUGUAUGAUUAAUGUAGUUGUAGACAGAGACACUAAGGCGUAAGACGCACAGUACACGGUCAAACUCUACUGUAAUCAAGAUUCUCAAUGUAACGAUUAUAGCAUUUUUAGUAAAAAUAAACAGUGAACCUUCAAUUUAAAAUAUACCUUGCAGUCUUUGUUUCUCUGUUUGCAUAAAAGAAUGAGCUUAAACAGAAUAAUGAUGUCAUAAUAUUUGUAAUAAUCUUGUAUCAAUUGGAUACAAUAAUAUUGUGUCAUAGUUUUUAAAUAAGGUCAGUCAGGAUACAAAAGCAAUCUACGUAUAAACAGCAUUUCGUGUAAAUGUCUCGUCACGAAGGAGGCAAUUUACGUCCAUUGACACUUUGCGUCUUCUCCCUACACUCGCGCACGAUAGACGCUUGAUAGC